AUGACUGCAGCCAAGAGAUAUUCCAAUUGUGAGCGUUCUAUCUACAUAUGGUUUCUGCAGGUUCUAACAAUUCUAGGAUUGGUUUCUUUAGCCAUAUGGGCCACCCUAACCCCCAAAACUCCUAUUUUCACUAUCUCUAAUAUGGAUUUGAAGCCAUAUCAAAACGACACCAUUCUUGCAAGAAACUCUUCUUCCUUAGCCUUGAAUGUGACCAUCUCAAAUACCAACAGAAUGGUUGGUAUUUUCUUUGAUGAGCUUAAUAUAACAAUAGGCUGCAAGAACGAGAGCAUAAUUGGGUCGAGGUCGUGGUCGAGGUCGGUGUCGGGAUUUUACUUGGGGCACAAAAGCAGUGAUUUAGAAGAGGUUGAUUUGGGUGUUGAGAAUAAUGGAUUGUUAUUAUGUGGGAACGUGGAUUAUUAUUUGAGGGUUAGGUUGGAGACGGGUGUUAGAUAUAAGAUUAUGUGGUUCAAGACAAAGCAUCGUGGGUUGGUUUUUGAAGAUUAUGUUCAAAUUGGUCCUGGUGGGCAAAUGCAAGGAACAACACAAAUGAAGUUAAAGCUAAGUUUUUUGAAGUUGUAG